CAUCUACAAAUUAAGGCUUAAUUUUAAAGUCUAUGAUUUAUCACGCAUGUGUACGAGUUCGCGAAAGAGACCGCUAGCUAAGUUUGACAAAUUUGGACAUUACAAUGGCAGAUUCAACUACCGGUAAGCGAGAUGCUGCCAAACUUGAAGACGAAUCUCAGGAAAUAGGAUCCUCCGAUUCCAAGAAGAGGCCUAGAUCAGAGGAUCACGUAAGCAGCAGUUGCACAGAUUCUAUGAGAGGAGUUGUUACUUCUGGGCCUGACUGCGAGGUUGCAUCCUCUUCAUCUCAAUCGUCAAAGCCUGUGAGCAGUGCAGAGUAUGAAGCAAUGUCCUCUUGCUCCACAUCAUCAUCCUCCGGGAUGCAGUCUAUGGGUUGCCUAGCAACAGUGCCUCCUGACACGAUGACAUACAAAGCUGAGAGCUCAGUAGAAGUUGUGCAUCAAGAAGGAAUGGAAGAAGUAGCAGUUAAGGAAUCAUCUGAAGAAGACCAAGCUGGAGGAGCAGGAGACGGACAAGAAACUCCAUCAAGUGACAGGUCACAGAAGAAGCAAGUUCUUGUUGGACUGAAAGAGACAGAUGUAGGCAUUAUAGAGUAUAUGUCUGAUCAUGAAGGUGUUCCAGGAAUUAUUAAACAGAGGUACCGAGAUUUUCUUGUACAUGAGAUAGAUGAGCAGGGUCAGAUUGUUCGACUCACUGAUACAAAAAUCCCAGAGAAAAAGUCAAUUCUCCCGUUUGACCACAAUGAUGUUUUGACAAAAGAGGACCAAGAGAAGUUGUCUGCCCUAAAUGUAGGGCAAGACAAGAAAGCUGAAUAUACUUUCCAGGUCACAGACGAUAAAGAGCAGCGUACUAAAGUUCACCAAGCCAUUAGGCACCUGUUCCCGAAGCUUGAUAGCAACACAGUAGAUGAUGGGGACAAGAAAAUGGUCAGGGUGGUCAAGAGUAGUGGAGGUAAGCGAGGUAGAUGGCCAAAGGAGACACCUAAGUACUGUCGCUUUGUGCUCUUCAAGGAGAACAUGGAUCUCAAUGAAGCUCUCAAUAUUGUUGCAAAGUACCUCCACAUUGGACCUCAUCACUUCCAGUACGCAGGGUCAAAGGACAAAAGAGGGGUCACAGUUCAAGAAGUUACUGCUCACAGGUCAGUAAACUAAUCAUCCAGAAGACAUUUAUCAUUCUAUCAAAAAAUAUCAAUCUUUUCUUUCAGAAGAAUGGUCGAAAUAACCUGAUUAUUACAGUCAGACUUGUUUCGGUCAGAUUGAGCUAUCCUUGAAUUUCAGCCAAACCUUAUAGGACUUAUGUCUCUUGAUUCACAUUAGGACUUAAGUGAAAUGCUUGAAAGUGCAUAGAAUCAGGUCUUUAAGUGUGAUCUUGGAGUUGAUGAUUAAUCUACUUGAGACUACUAAACUACUUGUUAUUAUGAAACUGUUCAUUGAUGGUUCAUUAUAAAGAAGCCGGUAUUACUUGUUUAUAGUUGGGUCUGCCAAUGGUAAAGAAGAUUUCUAGGCACUAAAAAACCAGCUGUACAGAACUAUUUUUCUGUGGGUUACACAAAUUUGUGAAUUUGGAAAUUUCGACAUUCAGAAAUGUAGGCUGUAAUAUUAUUUAUUCUAUUUACUCAUUUAUUAUGUUUUCUUUAAAAAGCAGGGUAGUCUCCUACAGAACUACACAUAGGGGGCCUACUUCACAGGGGAACUCUGCUUUGAACAAAACAAUACAGCUUAAAAUAUAAAGCAAAGAAAAUACAU